GUCCCGGGCAUGGCGGUGCUGGCGCUGGCCCUCGAGGGACUCGCCAUCUUCGGCCUCGUCCUCUUCGUCGUGCUCUGGCUCAUGCACUUCAUGUCCAUCAUCUACACACGACUUCAUCUCAACAAGAAAGCAACAGACAAACAGCCAUACAGCAAACUUCCUGGUGUUUCACUUCUAAAGCCGCUGAAAGGAGUGGAUCCUAAUCUGAUAAACAAUUUAGAAACUUUCUUUGAACUGGAUUAUCCCAAAUAUGAAGUACUACUCUGUGUACAAGAUCAUGAUGAUCCAGCUAUUGAUGUAUGCAAAAAGCUUCUUGGCAAAUAUCCAAAUGUGGAUGCUAGACUGUUCAUUGGAGGUAAGAAGGUUGGCAUCAAUCCCAAGAUUAACAACCUGAUGCCUGGAUAUGAAGUUGCUAAAUAUGAUCUCAUAUGGAUUUGUGAUAGUGGAAUCAGAGUAACACCAGACACACUGACAGAUAUGGCCAACCAGAUGACUGAAAAAGUAGGUUUGGUCCAUGGGCUACCAUACGUUGCAGACAGGCAGGGUUUUGCUGCUACUCUUGAACAGGUUUAUUUUGGAACUUCACAUCCAAGGUCAUAUAUUUCAGCCAAUUUAACUGGCUUCAAAUGUGUAACAGGAAUGUCGUGUUUGAUGAGAAAAGAUGUCUUGGACCAAGCUGGAGGACUGAUAGCAUUUGCACAGUAUAUUGCUGAAGAUUAUUUCAUGGCCAAAGCUAUAGCUGAUCGGGGCUGGAAAUUUGCAAUGGCCACACAGGUUGCAAUGCAGAACUCUGGUUCAUAUUCUAUUUCUCAGUUUCAAUCUAGAAUGAUCAGGUGGGCCAAGCUGCGAAUUAAUAUGUUGCCUGCCACAAUAAUUUGUGAGCCAAUCUCAGAGUGCUUUGUUGCCAGUUUAGUUAUUGGAUGGGCAGCUCAUCAUGUGUUCAGAUGGGAUAUAAUGGUAUUUUUCAUGUGUCACUGUUUGGCAUGGUUUAUAUUUGACUACAUUCAACUAAGAGGUGUUCAGGGUGGUGCUUUAUGUUUUUCAAAACUUGAUUAUGCAGUAGCUUGGUUCAUCCGAGAAUCCAUGACGAUCUAUAUCUUCUUAUCCGCUUUGUGGGACCCCACUAUUAGCUGGAGGACCGGCCGCUACAGGUUACGUUGUGGAGGCACUGCAGAAGAAAUCCUCGAUGUAUAGCCACAGCUUUGUAACUGUGAAUGCCGAAAAGAGAAGGGGGAUGGGAAGGAAAAGUAUUAUAAAUUGUUUAUAGAAAUGCUUUUAAGAAGAUCUACCUUCAGUAGUUUUAUUACCUGUAUGUUUUGGUAUCUGUUCUUUAAUUUAUUUUUGCAUGGCACUUGCAUCUGUGAAAAAUACAUCUGUAGUCUUGGCCAAAUGGUACCUUGCUCCUAUGUACAAAAGGAAAUUGAGAGAACUGGUCCUAGCAUCCAUUUUCUCUAUGGAUGCUCUGCAGCAAACUAAUAACAGUAUCUUUCUGGAUAGGGACAG